GAGAUAAAAGUAGCCUGUUUAGAGGUAGAUAUGGGUAGGUAGGUAGGUAUGAUGUUGACCUACCUAGUAAUCCUACAUUAAGCUAAAGUCCAUGACGACUUCUUCUUAGAUACAUAUUAUAUCUUACCUCGAGUUCUGUACUAUCUGAAUAUUUAGUUUCAUUUUUUCUAUUUACACGAAAUACUGUUUAAUCAGCGGAAAAGAUCUGUGAGUUGUACUUUCCUGUCCUUUCCUUCCCUUUCUCCUUCUUCCCUUCCUUUUCUACCGAUAUCCCUCAUAAACCAUCCAUAAAAUGCAUCCAUAAAAUGCAUCCAUAAAAUGCAUCCAUAAAAUGCAUCCAUAAAAUGCAUCCAUAAAAUGCAUCCAUAAAAUGCAUCCAUAAAAUGCAUCCAUAAAUGCAUCCAUAAAAUGCAUCCAUAAAAUGCAUCCAUAAAAUGCAUCCAUAAAAUGCAUCCAUCACCCCGUCUCCUCACCACUAGGAUUUUCAAACCUCAAACAAAUAAACUAAUCCUCUCUUCUCUUUCCAGACAAACACAAACACAACACCCUUUCAAAACCAACACUUACAUACCACUCCAAAAAACCCAUUAGCAAAAUGUCUUUCAGCAACGCAGAUACCGGAUCCAAGGACGCCGAUCCAUACAAGUCCAAGAACAUCGACGAAGUAUCUUUAAAAGAGAAGGUCGAAGACUUGAAUGAAUUCAUCGAUGCCUGUAAAUUUGGUAUGAUGACUACGAGGGAUGGAAAGACGGGUGCGUUGGUUAGUAGAUGUAUGGCUGUUGCUGCUAAGGUAAAUUUCCUUUUUUCUUUAAUUUUUUGGUCAUCUUGGUUGCUUUUCAUGAGAGCGUGGAUGGGUAUUGGAAUCUUUCAGAGAGAGUCUAUCACUUUGACAGCUUCAAUGCUUGGUAGCCACUUAGACUCAAUUCCUUUGGGAGAUUCUUUUCUCGGGUUGAACAAUUGAUAAGGUUACUAACCAUUAAAAAUAGGAGAAUGGAGGAACAACCCUUCUCUUCCACACCAAUACCGAGUCCGGAAAGACCGACGAAUUGGCAACGGAUUCCCACAUAAACAUAUCAUUCUUAAAUUCCUCAGGAGAAUGGGCUUCUAUUUCCGGUAUGUAAUUUCCAUCUACCCCUUCUAUCUUAUCCCUCGUCCCUCGUCCCCCAAACCAAUCCCUCGCCUAACAACACUAACACCCCCACCUCGACGCAGGCCUAUCAACCGUAGAAACCGACCGCGACCUAAUCAAAAAAUACUACACCCCCACCCUCAAAGCCUGGCUCGGCGAUCUCAGCGACGGCGUCCACGAUGGUGGUCCCAACGAUCCACGCAUUGGAAUUAUCAAAGUCGAUGCUAAGACAGCCACCUAUGCUAUUGUACGCAAGGGAUUGUUGGCGCGAGGAGCUGAGGUUGCGCAGGCAGCUAUCACGGGAAAGACGGCUAGUGUUAAUAAAUUGAGGGAGAUUAGUGAGGAGGAGAUUCAGAAGUGGAGGACCAGUUUGGGAAUGGUUCAGUAGGUUGGGAGAGGAUACUUAUGGUUACUCUUUUGGAGUGAUGGGAAACGAGGGUAUGAAUUAAUUUAAUGAACCAAUCAGAUUGUAACGCGGGGAGCUUGCCAAUGUUAUACUGUUUUAACAUUAUU